CUGAGCACGCGGUGGGGCUGGGAUGGCAGGCACCGCCUCUGGCGGACCCACUGGCGUCUCUCUGCUGAGUGACCGAAGAGCUCGGGGUCCGACUGUCUGCCUGCUUCUCCCUGCGCGUGACUGACAGCCACCCGGCUGUCUGUCUGUCUGCCUGCCUGCCUGCCCGUCUGCCUGGCUGUCUGUCUGUCUGCCUGGGUGGCCAGCUAUCUCUUUGCUUGACUUCUCCUGUCUGACUGGCGGGCCAGCCCUUGGCUGCUGUCGGUCCAUCGUCGGUGCAGCUGAUCGGUCCCUGCCCAACAACCUCUGUCUUCUGUCCAUGUGUGACCUCUUUGGGACGUGACUGAUGGUUGCCUUUGCCUCUGCGUGGCCCGCCUGCCCGGAGCCCAGCUGCCGUCCGUCUGGGUGACAGGUCUUGUGCUGUCUGGUAGGUGACUUGGGGCAGGUUACAGCUUCCCACCCCAGUCCCCUGCCUGUUCUCCCAGACCCCCAUCCCUCACGCCAAGCCCAGCUGCCAUCCCCUGGGAGCCCACCGGAUUGCCGGAAGCACAGAGAGAAUGGAUUUCUGAGAAAGAAGUAGGACAGCAGGCUCUGGCAGGCAGCAUGCUCUGCGGCUGGGCUGCCCCUUUGCUCCUGCUGAUGCUCCAGGGGGCCUGCGGCUGCUCAGACCUCGUCUGCUACACCGAUUACAUCCAGACGGUCACCUGCAUCCUGGAGACAUGGGCCCUGCACCCUGGCACGCUCACCCUCACCUGGCAAGACUCAUAUGGAGAACUGGAGGACGAGGUCACCUCCUGCAGCCUCUGCUGGUCCACCCACAACGCCACGCAUGUGGAGUACACGUGCCACAUGGAUGUGUUCCAAUUCAUGGCCGACGACGUUUUCAGUGUCAACAUGACAGACCAGACCGGCAACCACUCCCAGGAGUGCGGCAGCUUCGUCCUGGCUAAAAGCAUCAAGCCAUCUCCCCCUUUCAACGUGACCGUGACCUUCUCCGGACAAUAUAACAUCUCCUGGAGCUCCAAUUACAGUUUCUACACGCUGAAGGGCAAACUUCAGUAUGAGCUGCGGUACAGGAAGCUUGGAGACCCCUGGGCUCUGAGUCCAGGGAAAAAGCUGAUCUCAGUGGAUUCGAGAAGCGUCUCUCUCCUCCCCUUGGAGUUCCACAAAGGCUCAAGCUACGAGCUGCAGGUGCGGGCAGGACCCCAGCCUGGCUCCUCCUUCCAGGGGACCUGGAGCGAGUGGAGUGACCCAGUCAUCUUUCACACCCAGCCAGAAGAGAUAAAGGGAGACUUGUACCCUCAACUGCUUCCCAUCCUGGUCCUCGUAUGCCCCAUCCUUGUCUUCUUAGGCCUGAAGAUCCACCUGCCUUGGAGGCUAUGGAAAAAGGUGUGGGUGCAGGUGCCCAGCCCAGAGCCCUUCUUCCAGCCCCUGUACAUGGGCCACAGCGGAGACUUCAAGAAAUGGGUGGGCACCCCUUUCACUGCCUCCAGCCUGGAGCUGAGAUCCUGGAGCCCAGGGGUGCCCUUGUCCCUGGAGAUGCACAGCCAGUGCCCACCGCAGACUGCAGCCAAGGGGCUGGUGCCCACAGAGCUGCCGGAGCCCCCAGACCUGGUGGAAGCCGACGGGGUGCUUGAGCCGGGCUCCUGGGGCCCAGCCCGCUCCACCGCCGGCAGCUUGGGCAGCUCAGCUCACAGCCAGGAGAGGGACCGGCCGUACGGCCUGGUAUCCAUCGACACGGUGACCGUGGUGGACGCAGAGGGGCUGUGCGCCUGGCCUUGCACCUGCGGGGAUGACGGCUACCCAGCCCUGAACCUGGACACCGGCCUGGAGCCUGGUCCGGGCACGGAGGGCUCGCUCCUGGGCACAGGGGCCACUGUCCUAUCCUGUGGCUUCGUCUCAGCCAGUGGCCCUGCCGGGCCGGGGGGCCCCCUGGGCAGCCUCCUUGACAGGAUAAAGCUGUACCUCAAGGAUGAAGAGGGUUGGGCCCCCGGGCCGCCCUGGGAUGGCGGGUCGCCCCGAGGGGUGUCGGACAGCGAGGCAGGUUCGCCCCCAGCUGGCCUGGACAUGGACACGUUUGACAGCGGCUUCGCGGACUCUGACUGCGGCAGCCCCGUGGAGCAUGACUUCAGUAGCCCCAGGGACGAAGGGCCCCCCAGGAGCUACCUCCGCCAGUGGGUGGUCACAGCCCCUCCACCUGCAGGGCCUGGGCCCCAGGUCAGCUAGUGAGGCUGCCUGGCCGUCCAGAGCCGGCCAUGCCACUGAGCCACGAGCCACGGACGGGGUCACCUGGGCUGAGGUGUAAAGAGGCCUGCAGCCCUCGGUCUCCCGGAUGGGACCCCUGAGCCUGGUGUUUACAGCGCGUGUCUGGGGCUCAGGUGCCCACUGGCGUGGCUGCGCGUGUGAGUAGCCUGCGUGCCUGUGGACACGGAGCUCGCCCGUGGUUCUGCCAUAUUCCCAAGGCCACUCGUGUGUCUGUGCCGGCGUGAGCUUCCUGUGUGCGCGAAUGUGAGCGGCACACAUGUCUGUGGGCACGUGAUGACAGCCUCCCUCCCUCCGAGGCACGUGGGUGACCCCCGGGUCACGUGCCGAGAGGCUGGUCCAGUGCUGCCCACUGGGCCUGCUGGGACCAGGGCACUGCCUGGGACAGACACCAAGCCCAGCCCCCCAGGUCCUGCCUGCAGAGCCACAUAAAGUCCAAACUGUUCCUUACCGCCUUUCAGGGG